CCCAGGCCUGGUCCCGCACACCUUGAAUUGGGCCACUGCACUGCCCCUAGCCCUUCAUGUGUCAGACUAGGCCCUGGUCCUGGUCCCACAGGCUGAUCUGAUCCAGCACACAGGGCUUGGAAAUUAGUCAGUGGAAGAAUGGUGAUAGUGUUAAGUGGUGGCUUCCCUGCUGUAGGGAGCCCCCAUAGGCUGGAUGAAAGCCAUUUUGGUCCAGGGUCCAGAUGUGGCAGCUUCCCUGCUGUAGGGAGCCCCAUAGGUUAGCUAAGCCGUUUUGGUCUGUAGUCCAGAAGUUGAGCACUGCUAAUUUUGCACAUCACAGGUUUCUACCAACAGCUGCCAUGCACCUGAUUUAACCAUUUGACUUCAUUUUGACAAAAUAAAGAAGCAAAUAAAAAUUAUACUGGUUUUAAAGCCACAUUAAACCAUCAGAAUGACGAGAAGGGGUUUAAGUGUAAGUGAACAUCAGGUGUCUCCAGUCCAGCUGUGCAAGGCGCUGAGAGCUAUAAAAUGACCUGAAAUAUCUUCUGUGUACUUUAAUGGUCAUGUUUUUAAGUAGUGAUAUUUCUGGGACUUCCUGGGUUUAAAGCUCGUGCUUGCACUCUGCCAGUGGAAAGAAAAGUCCAUUUCUAACUCUUCAAGUCUAUGAGAUGGUGGGUUUUGAAACCUGAAUCUGGUACAGUACUGAAUAUUUACCGCCAUGCACUUUGGGCAAGAUGCAGUCCUGUGAAGUGGAAUUCUUUACUUGGAAGUAUUAAUUUAAAACAAUUGUCUGGCAAGUUGAUACUUUAUUAGUAGGCAGCAGAUAGGUUACUUGAUCAAAAAUGCAUGAUGAUAUUUUUUUUUUUAUCAUGGCAUGACUGCAUGGUUAUCACUUCCUAAUUUUGUGGUGGAUAUAUACUGCACCAGUCUAUAAAAUUUUUGAAUGUCUAAAUGUUGAAUCUUGGGGGGAAAACUUAUUGGCAUCCUCUUCUGCCUUAGUCUCUCUCUCUGUCUCUCACUACUCAUAUCAUUUGUGGGUGGUAGACAUUUCCAUCUCUUAGCAAACAAAAUGUGGUGGUGGUAGCCUUACAAGCCUUGAGACUAGAACACUCAGCUGGGUUGUGGAAGGCUCAGGUACAAAGCCCUCCUCUGCCUGUAUGGAGCAGAGCUUACUUGGAUUUGAAUUUAAAUCCCUGAUGAGAAUUCCCUGACCAGUAGACUAAUGAAUAAUCACAAGUGGAUGUUUCUCUGUCUCACCCACUGAAGCUGUUCCACUUGUAUGCAUAAUUACAUAUUUUUGAAACCUGUGAGUCUUCCACUUGACUCUCCUAGACAUCAGGCUGUAGGCAUGCUCUCUCUCUCUCUCUCUGGCCUGAAGAGUGUUUAGUUAUUUAUACAAGAUAGAGCACCUUCAACAGGAGAAAUGGAGAGACCUCCCUCAGCUCAUAGUUUAAUACCUGUAGCCUAGGAGUUACGUCAUUCACCUUUUGUGCAUCUAGUCACACUGCUGAUUCAUGUCGACUCUGUGACCCACCAAGAUUUCUAGAUCAUUCUCCAUACUACUGCCAUCCACCCAGUUGUCACCCAUUUUGUACGUGUUUUGAUUAUUCUUCCUGAGGUGCAGCAUCCUCCAUCUGUCAGCAGUGAAUGUCAUCCUGUUAGCUUCAGCCCAGCUUUCCAAACUGUCAAGAUCCUUCUGAAUGUGCUCUUAUUCACCAAUAUGUUUGCAGUCUUUCCCAGUUUUGUCAUCUGCAGAUUUUCUCCAAAAGCUCUCUAUACUGGUUUCCAAAUAAUUAAUAAACACAUCGAACAGCACUGGGCUGAGGACAGACCCCUAUGGGACUCUACUCAAAACCUCCUGCCAUUCCAACAUGGAUCUAUUUAUAAUUACACUUUGCUUGCAGGUAUUGAGCCAGUUGUUCAUCCACCUUAUAUGAGUUUGUCUAGCCCUAGUCCAAACUAGAAGUCAGCUAGAGAUAUCCUAGUCAGUGCUCCCAAAAAGAAGCUUUGGGAAAUGCAAAGGAUCCAUGUCAGCCAUAUUCAGCAGAAGUUCAUGCAUUUAUUGUGAAUACCAGGUUAUAUAAUUCUUUUUUGCCUGGCCAGUGUGAUAGAAAAGUCCUUAUAUGGAGAACUGUGGGUAAAAGCCCAGCAGGGGUGGGAAUUAAUGGGUAAACAAGGGAAGUAGGAACAGGUUGAGUACAAAGGCUGUGUUUUCUUUCAGAUGCCUUGACCCCAACUGCAUGUUUGUUUACUGGCUGUACUGUUUAACUGGUUCCAUGCAGACUUUGAAAACUGGACAAAUUGAGGUAAACGAGGAAACAAAGUAGCACUGCUCACACUGUGACUUUUGUUGUUACUAUUGCUUCAGCACAGUUCAAGGAAGCCUUCUCGAUGGCUGGACAAGCAGGCAUGGAGGCAUAUAUGUUUCCACUCUAGAAGAGCAACACCAUGGAAAAAAGAAUCAUUCCUGACCAAAUCAAAGACAAAUCACUUUCCCAAGACAAAAGUGUUGGGCCACUUCCUGCCAAAAGAAUACAUCCUACUUUUUCAAAGUUAAAGCUAUUUCUUGGGGCACUAGCAUUUUCCUUUUUUGCAAAAGGACUUUCUGGAAGCUAUGUAAAAAGCAUAUCAACUCAAAUUGAAAGGAGAUUUGAAAUCCCAUCAUCACUUCUUGGUAUUAUUGAUGGUAGCUUUGAGAUAGGUAACUUAAUGGUGAUGAUACUGGUGAGUUAUCUUGGACCAAAAGUUCACCGACCAAAAGUAAUUGCUGUUGGAUGUCUCAUCAUGUCACUUGGAACAUUUUUAUCAGUGAUGCCUCAUUUCCUAAUGGGACGUUAUAAUUAUGAAAGAAUAUCAGUUUCUAUCAACAACUCCUCAACAAGUUUAUCAGCAUGCUCCCCAACAUUAUCUUUGCAUCCUUCAGCUUCAGAUGAUAUGGAAGCAGCUGAAGAGCUGAAAGAUUCUGAAUGUGAGAAAACAGCAAAUUCCUAUCUGUGGAUGUUUGUACUCAUGGGAAAUCUAUUACGUGGAAUUGGGGAAGCACCAGUUAUACCACUAGGGAUUUCAUAUAUUGAUGAUUUUGCCAAAGAAGAAAACUCAGCAUUUUACAUAGGCAUGGUAAGAACAACUGGAAUGGUUGGACCUACCCUUGGCUAUCUGCUUGGAGCUUUCUGUGCCAGCCUGUGGGUUGACAUUGGAAGUGUGGAUCUGGAUAACAUAACCAUAAAUCCUAAGGAUACUCGUUGGGUUGGUGCCUGGUGGAUUGGAUUCUUAAUAUGUGGAAUAGUCAACUUUCUAUCUUCAUUGCCUAUCUGGUUCUUUCCUCAUUCCUUACCAAAAGAAGAAGAAAAAAGAAAUACAGAAGAGCUGAAUAUAUCAUCUGUAACUGCUCAAGUCGAUCACUCUGCAGUAGAGCCCCAAAGUCAACCAAAGUUAAAGUUCUCAAAGGCAGUAAAAGAUUUCCUACCAACUUUAAAGAAACUGCUGGGAAACCCAACCUUCCUGGUGUUCUUGCUCCUCACUAUUUUUCAGUACAAUUCUCUAGUUGCUUUGGGAACUUAUGAGCCAAAGUUUAUGGAACAGCAAUUCAAUGUAUCCUUGUCAAAUGCCAUCUUUCUAAUUGGUGUGAUACUUUUCCCCACUGCAAUUCUGGGGAUGUUUCUGGGAGGCUUUAUCACUAAGAAGUUCAAGUUGCUCGUAACAGGAAUGGCAAAGUUUUCAUGCAUCACUUUUAUAAUAUCAUAUCUAUUAAGCCUCCUGUACUUUAUGAGUGAUUGUGAGGUACUCCAGGUGGCUGGUUUAACAGUUUCCUACUCUGGAAUAAAACAAUCUGCCUCUCCAAAAGCAAGCUUAAUUGCCAGUUGCAAUUCUGACUGCAACUGUAUGUUGAAUCAAUGGGACCCUGUGUGUGGGGAUAAUGGAAUCACAUAUAUGACUGCCUGUUUUGCUGGGUGUAAAUCAUCAACUGGGUCUGGAAAGAAUAUGAUAUUUCACAACUGCAGCUGUAUGGAUAUUCAAAGCUCUGGGCUUAGCAAUUUCUCUGCAGUUUUGGGACAAUGCCAAAGGGAAAGCUGUACCAACAAAUUUCCCUACUUUUUAGUAUUACUGACUGCAUAUGCAUUUAUUUUGUCUGCAGUAAGCACGCCUACAUACGUCAUUAUAUUUAGAAUUGUUUCUCCAGACUUAAAAUCCUUUGCUGUCGGGACUGAAACUUUAAUCGGAAGGCUACUUGGUGGACUUCCAGCUCCUAUUUAUUUUGGUGCACUGAUAGAUCAGACAUGCUUGAAAUGGGGAACCAAGAGCUGUGGAGGAUCGGGGUCUUGCAGAGUAUAUGAUACAAAAGCAUUCAGAAAUGUCUAUCUUGGAUUCAUUUCUGGACUAAGGACAGUAUGCUGUUUUCUAUAUAUAGUGCUCUUCAUUUUAAUAAAGAAACAAUUUGGACCAGAUAGCAAGGAUGUGAAAAAUACAGAUGUACCAUGUGAGAAGGAGUCAGCUAGUGUUUGUACAAAGGAAACUUUUCCUUCUGCAAAAACUGUAGCGGAUCAUGAAGUAACAUGCAUGUGAAAGGGACAAAGGCAGUUCCUAACUGUAUGUUCAUGUUCAGGUUUUAUAAGCACAAUGUGGGGGUAAAUACUGAAAUCAAAGAUGGUUAAAAAUUUUAGAAUUUUGACAAUAAAUGACACCAGCAUUUUAAGUUUGUAUAUCUUUUCCUCCACCAUUCCCACAAAAUAAUAAUACUACAAAAGACAGCACAACCCAACUCACAAAAGACACCACUACAUAAUAUGCCACCAAGCACACACAACAAAAAUAAAGAAAAAAAUUAAAUAUAUUCAGGACAUUUGUUUCCUAGUUUCUGAACAAUUUUAGAGGCAGCUAAUUUUUUUUUAAUUUUUUAAAAUUUUGAAUAAAAGCAGAUAGGAAAGUAAAACAAAGGGGGGAGAGAGGAAAUUUUAUAAUAUUUUAUAAUAAACCUUCUUCCCUGAUUUCGGCGGACUCUGAGUCCUUGUCCUGGCACUGAUUUUGGAAUCCUUAACUACUUCAUCCUUAUUUAUUCAGUUGUUCUGAUAGAUUUCCAUGGGAACACUCAUGAAUAGAGAAAGUUAAUCUGAAUAAUAGCAGCAGCAUUGGUCCCUCAAACAACUUUCAGGCAAAAUUGCCAUUGACAUCCAUGGUAGUUUUGGCUGAAUAAGAACUGGGGAUUGUGGGACAUAGUUAAAAAACAUUAACCAAUCAAAAUAGCAUACAGAAGAGACAAUCUGUUAUGUUAAAGUAUAUUGCACUAUUGCACUAUCCCUGUUUCUAGGGAUUAAUAUAUAUAUAUUUUUUAUCCUGUGCAAUGAAGAGGAAAACACUGGAAUUAUGUAUCAUUGUUUUUUUUUUAAUGUUAUCAUUAUAACCACUGAAAGACUGCAAGGGAAAUUAUAAUAUCCUUCAUUUUCCAAUCAAGUUCUAAAAAGGCAUAAAAAAGUGCUAAAAGCUUUCAAAUAUGUCUUUAUAGUAAUAGUCUAGUCAAGAGAUUAUCCUUAACAACAGGUGCUUGUAUCAUUUAAUUAGAAGACCCUCUCUUUUAAAAAUGUGCUGAUUCAUGGAGUGUGAUGUUCCACCGACAAACAGAUCACUCUGUGACUUUUUCAAGAGUGUGAAUAUUACUAAUAAGAAUGCUUCAGGUUAUUUGUCACAGGCUCUUUCUUCAUAUGCUUACCCUUUCCUAAGAGCUAAUCCUCCUUCUCUCAGGCACAUCUAGCCCAAAGAGCUAUUAGAAACAAGCUUCUUACAGGCUAGGUGUGGAUUGGAAACUUCUUCCCUGCCAUCUUAAAUUAUAGUCUCUAGAAAAUAUUAGAAAAUAGGACACCUGUCUCUGUGACACCUCUCUGUGACAUCUCAUAGUACCAGUUUAGAUUCCCAUCUAUGUUAGAGAAGCCACACAGUUGCUCUGGCUUUUGAGACCAGCAGUUCAUGAUUCUAAUGUGCCUUUGUGGCAGCUGAGAUUAGACAAAGUAGAGAGCUGUUCCAGAAAUGUCCCUUCCUACCAGACCAUGAUUUUAUACUUGGGGCCAAUAGCUAAGUGGGUGGAUCUAGGUCAUGUAGGCCUCUCUCAUAUCAAGAAAUUCCAGUUAUUAGGAUAGUUUUCUGUUUGCUUUGUGUUGUUAGACUGGAACAAAGUAGUCGCAGUGUUACUUCAUAGUAUGAUCUUUAAAUUCUGUUACCGAGGCCCUUCUUGGAAAACAACCAUGGAAGUACAAGACUUAUUUGGAAGAUCAUGAAGCCUUUACUUUGGCAUUCCCUAAUUUUUAAGUGUGAAAUCAAGCAGGGAUAAUGACAAAGACUGUUAACAUAGGGUUUUAUUAGAUUUCUUAAGUGUUUAUUAAAAUAAGAAGAAAUCCUAUGUACCUAUAUGUAUUGAAAUUAUAUAUCCUACAAGCUCCUUGCUUCCCACAGCUUUUUUUUCCACAUUUCAAGCCUCUUUUGUCUAUCAUAGCACCAAAAUAAACAGGGGCUAGAAUUGCAGCUGUUGUAGAACAUUCAGAGACUAUGUCAGGAUGCCAAAUUAAAUUGGAAAAGCAGUCUAAUAUCUGAAUAAAAAUACCAGAAGGAGAACAUUAGUACAGGCUCAGUCUAUUUGUGUCUUUGAUAUAUAAAAUUCUAUAAAGCAUUGCAUUUACUUUCUUAUAGUUUGGAGCGAGCUCAAAGUUCUCUCAAAUCUAAAUGGUUCCUAACAGGUUUGUUUCACUCAUCUUAAUUUCAUUUUACAAUAUUAUCCUGUGCUUUAAUUAUAAUUUUAAUUUAAGUUCAUAUUUUUGUCCUCACUUAUGAAAUAAUCAUAGGUCAAAAUCACUCUUCUGAUAUUCACAUAACAAUGGAUUGUAUUGUGCAUUCAGACCUGAAUUUUGAGGCAAAGGAGAAACUUCUUUACAUGGGAUCUCAACUCGGGCUGAAGUUAUACAUCAUACUUAGACCACACCAGAUCUGUGGAAUGUUAAAUGGUGUUAAAGUUAGAAGAUGUUGGGCGCAUCCACACAUGCAAGCAUGUGCGCUUGCAGCAGCUCAAAUAAAAGCGGUGCAAAUUUGAGCCAGGGCUUUUUGCCUUAGCACACAUGCCCGGACAUGCACUUUGUUGUGGAGCAAAUUGUGCCACUUGGGGCAAAAUAACCCUGCCUGGCACCUCCUGGAUCUGCAGCCAAGGGGAGCUAGAGUCUGGGGCCAGCAACUGUGCUGGCUCCAGUAGUAUAAAAACCUGCCCUGUGCUGGUCCCAGCAAUAUAAAAACCUGCCCUGGCCAGCAGUUCAGGGCUACUUGCCCUCAAGAGCUUCUGAGGCCCAGCCACUUGGUAUCUGGAGACACUAGCCCUUUGUGUCAGCUAGACUGCUGAAGCAGCAUCACAAAUUCUCUUUUUAAAAUAUCCUAAAAUCCACAUUCUUCCACAAUUAGAACAAGAGAGAGAGAGAGGGAUUGAUCACAUAGGCAAUGUUUCAUUGUUAUAUUUACAGUGUUAAAGUAAUUUGGAAGCCUACCAAUAUCUCUAGCAUCAUAAUAAAAAAAAUUUUUAAAUAGUUA